CUCCCCCCUUUACUUUCACUCUUUCUUUCUUUCUCUAUGAAAGCUGGAGCUUAUUAUUGAGCCUUAGCUCGCAAGCAUUGGGGGUUCGAAGCGCACAAACGCAGAGAGAGAUGGGGAAGUACAUUCGCAAGGCCAAAACGACAGGCGAGCUAGCCGUCAUGGAGGUGUCCCAGUCGUCCCUAGGGGUACGCACGCGCGCGCGAACCCUAGCACUCCAGAAGUCGCCGGCCCCUCCUCCUUCUCCGUCUCCGCCCGCUGCCUCCGGCUCCUACCUGCAGCUCCGGAGCCGCCGGCUAGAGAAGCCCCCGGUCGCUCUUUCGACUCAGGACUCCGGGACCAAGCGCCACAAGCAGGCUGCUUCCAACCCUAGGGCGGGGUCGAGCCUGAGAGUGGGCUCCCAUGUGCCCAAGGGCGUCGACCAGGAGGCCGAGGAGGUUGAGAAAGAGGAGGACCUUCAAGAGAAGAACGAAAAGAGUGGCAACAACAACAAUGGUGAUUUAGGGGUUGAGGAAGCUUCGUUUGGAGAGAAUGUUUUGGAGUUUGAAGGUAGAGAGAGGAGCACUCGUGAAUCCACACCUUGCAGUUUGAUUAGGGAUCCAGACAGCAUAAGAACCCCCGGUUCUACUACCAAGCCUACCGGCACAACUGAGACUAACCGGAGAACGCAGAACACAACGCGGAGGCAUAUCCCAACAGCACAGGAAAUGGAUGAGUUUUUUGCUGCUGCUGAAGAAGAGCAGCAAAGACAAUUCAUUGAGAAGUACAACUUUGAUCCUGUGAAUGACAAGCCCCUCCCAGGGCGUUAUGAAUGGGAGAAAUUGGAGCCUUAGAAGAUAUUACUGUUCCAUCAGGGCUUAUUUUCCUGCACAUUCUGGGUUGAUCUUGAGCUUAGGAAUUUUGAAGUAGCAGGAGUUAGUUUUAGUUGGAAUGGUGAUGGUUUUAUUUCCAUUUUCCAUCAUCACCUAAUUCACUUGUAAAGAAAGAAGUAGGAGUGUCAGUGACGUGUGUAGACUAAUGGUCUGUAACAUAACAGAGGUUAUGACGUGUGAGUUACACAACAAAUACAUAUCAAAGUCCUUUGUCUAACAGAUCAUCUGAAAGAGGGGGAGGGAAAGAAGGGUUGUACUUGUAGGUGUAGGGUUAGGGCUCAUCCAACUAUGUGGUACAGAAAUUUACUUAGGUUUUCUUUUUCUUUUUUUUGGGUACUGUAUUUUCCUCCCUUUCUUUGUCAAUACUUGUACUGAUGGAACUUUGAAAAAACUGUGGAAUAAACAUGACCCGUUUCCCCUCU